ACGACAGAGCAGUUGCACUGGAGUGUACCGUAGAGGAAGAACGUUUCCCAUGAACAGGGCUGUGAAGCUCGACCAAGUGCGCGCGUUCACGUUACCGGCAGACUCGCUGCAUGAUGGCCGAAGGAGGCGGACCCGAGCCGGGUGGCGCGGCAGACUCCGACUCCGAGCCGGUAGCCGCAGAAAUGCCAACCCCUUCAACCGAAAAUCAAAAACAGACUAUUGGGUCACUAUUGAAAACAACUCUAAGAAAGGGCGACGAAUGGUAUCUAAUAGACAGCCGGUGGUUCAAACAAUGGAAGAAAUAUGUCGGAUUUGACAGCUGGGACAUGUACAAUGUUGGAGAACGUAGCCUCUAUCCAGGACCAAUUGAUAACUCCGGGUUGUUCUCAGACCAGGAGACUCAAGCCUUGAAAGAGCACCUUAUAGAUGAGCUGGACUAUGUCCUUGUACCCACUGAGGCAUGGAAUAAAAUUUUGAACUGGUACGGCUGCCUUGAGGGCCAAAGACCCAUCGUCAGGAAGGUUGUUGAGCAUGGCAUGUUUGUCAAGCACUGUAAGGUGGAGGUUUAUUUGCUGGAGCUGAACUUGUGUGAGAAUGACAACAUGGACAAUGUUGUCACGCGUCAUUUCAGUAAAGCCGAUACUAUAGAUACUAUAGAGAAGGAGAUGAGGACGCUGUUCAAUAUCCCAUCAGAGAAGGAGACACGCCUCUGGAACAAAUACAUGAGCAACACCUACGAGCAGCUGAACAAGCCAGACAGCACCGUACAGGAUGCUGGUCUCUUCCAGGGCCAGGUGCUUGUUAUUGAACUGAAGAAUGAGGAUGGCACGUGGCCCAGACAAGCUUCCCAUCCCAAAACCAGUACAACCCCAUCCAGGAAUUUCACUACCUCCCCAAAACUCUCCUCCAACUCAACAGCCAGUAUCUCUUCAACAGUAACUAAUGGAGACAGCAGCUGUAGCCCUGGCUACACACUUAACAACAGCACCUCCUCUGGCAACAGAUUGGGAGGCUACAAUUCAUACAGCUCCUCCUACAACUACAGAGAGUCCCAGUCACAGCCUGGCCUGUGUGGUCUCAGUAAUUUGGGCAACACAUGCUUUAUGAAUUCUGCCCUCCAGUGCCUGAGCAAUGCAUCUCCACUCACAGAGUACUUCCUAAAUGACCAGUACGAGGCAGAAAUCAACCGAGAGAAUCCCCUGGGAAUGAGGGGGGAGAUUGCAGAGGCCUAUGCAGAUCUAGUAAAGCAGAUGUGGCUGAGCCGGAGCAGCUAUGUGGCCCCACGUACUUUCAAGACCCAGGUUGGACGUUUUGCCCCCCAGUUUUCGGGCUACCAGCAGCAGGACUCUCAGGAGCUGUUGGCCUUCCUGCUUGACGGGCUCCAUGAAGAUCUGAACCGCGUCAAAAAGAAGCCUUAUCUGGCCCUGAGGGAUGCAGAGGGCCGUCCAGACGAGAUUGUAGCAAAGGAAGCCUGGACGAACCACCGCCUGCGCAAUGACUCGAUUAUAGUUGAUAUUUUCCACGGCCUCUUCAAAUCCACUUUGGUGUGCCCAGAGUGCUCCAAGGUGUCCGUAACCUUUGACCCAUUCUGCUACCUCACACUGCCUCUCCCCAUGAAGAAGGACCGUACGAUGGAGGUCUUCCUGGUGCGAUCAGACCCUGAGUCGAGACCCACACAGUAUCGAGUUGUGGUCCCAAAACUGGGUACAGUGACAGACCUGUGCAGCGCCUUGUCCAAACUCUGUGGAUUCCCUCCAGAAAAUAUGGUCGUGGCUGACGUUUACAAUCAUAGGUUCCAUAAAAUCUACAGACGUGAUGAUGGCCUCAACCAAAUAAUGGAAAAAGAUGACAUCUUCGUAUAUGAGGUACAGGAGGAGGACAGUGAGAGGAUGAACCUACCUGUGUAUUUCAGGGAGCGCCACUCCAAGCAUGUGGGAAGUUCCACAAGCACCAUGCUGUUUGGCCAGCCUUUACUCCUCACCGUGCCCAGACACAACCUCAUAGCAGACGUUCUUUACGACAAGAUCCUAGAGAAGAUUGGGCGCUAUGUAAAACAAUCCCAGAGCCCCCAUAAUGAAAGCAGAGCCUCAGCCUCGGCGUCAGCGACCGUCGCCAGCUGCAGCCAAGCUCCUGAAUGUUCCACAGCGUCUAGUCUCAGUGCCAGCCUGGGUGGCUGUGGCAGUCCCCUGUCAGACGGGGCCUCGUGCAGUGCCAGCUUCAGUAAUGGCAACAACCACUCAGGGACGUGCAGCAAAACUAAUGGGCUUUAUGAUGGUGAGGAGGAAGCCAUGGACCACCAGGUGAGCCCCGAGCGAGAGAAUGGCCAGUCUGAAGAGGAGGAAGAGGAGACCUCUGACCUUGAGAAUGGAUCUAAAGGAGACAUGCCCAAGCAGUCUUCGCCAGCCAAGCUCUUCACUUUCAGCAUAGUCAACUCUUACGGAACAGCUAACAUCAGCCCGCUGCCCUGUGAUGGAAAUGUCCUCAAACUCAAUCCGCAUUCAACGGUGGCGAUUGACUGGGACACUGAAUCAAAGAAACUGUGUUAUGAUGAACAGGAAGCAGAGGCCUAUGAGAAGCAUGAGAGUAUGCUCCAGCCCCAAAGGAAGAAAGCCACUGUGGCUCUGAGGGAAUGCAUCGAGCUCUUCACCACCAUGGAGACACUCGGAGAACACGAUCCAUGGUAUUGUCCAACAUGUAAGAAACACCAACAAGCCACAAAAAAGUUUGACCUGUGGUCUCUGCCUCGCGUUCUGGUAGUUCAUCUAAAGCGAUUUUCCUACAACCGGUGUUGGAGGGACAAGCUGGACACGGUGGUGGACUUUCCCAUCAGGGAUCUGAACAUGUCCGAGUUUGUGUGUGACCCCAAGGCCGGCCCCUACGUAUAUGACCUUGUUGCUGUGUCAAACCACUAUGGAGGAAUGGGAGGGGGUCACUACACAGCUUAUGGCAAGAAUAAAGUGGACGGAAAGUGGUAUUACUUUGAUGACAGCAGUGUCUCCUCUGCCUCAGAGGACCAGAUUGUGACUAAAGCAGCCUAUGUGCUGUUCUAUCAGCGCAGAGAGGAAGAAGCCCCCUCCAAACCUCAGCCUUCGGCGUCGUUGGGAGGAGCCCCGGAAGCAGUCGAUGACCACAUGGACACAAACUGAGGAGCCCUGACACCAAGGGAAACGCACUGAAACAUAUACAGCAAAUAGACACUCGGGCGCACACACAAAGCUCCUUUAGUGACAGAGGACUCCACAGACUUAACAUUAUUAACCCUACCUUCCCCGUAUUUUAUUUGGUUUCCAUCUAGUAUGUUGUCAACUAGAGCCAACAGCCUUGUCAGAAGAGUGACCUGAGAGACUUCCUCCCUGCGGCGGGUGGCCUGCUGAUUUCUGAUCAUAAUUUACUAGUCUGGAACUAAAGAGGAGUCUAAAUGGAUAUAGAUCCUCUCACUGGAUGAACAGAAUGUUAGAAGUGCCCUCAAAUGCACAUUUAAACAAAUGUUUCAGAAAUAUAUUAAAAAAAGAAGCCAAAUGCACAUGUUGUUUCAACCAAAGUGUUCUAAUGUUUUUAUGAUGACGUGCACCAACUGUUCAGACGUUAGCAGGAUACUGGCAUUGUGCCUAGAUUUCUCUCUGAUAAUCUUGCUGUGCUGAGGUAAAUGCUAACUUUAACAGUGUGAUUAUCACAACGAACAGUACAUGCCAUGCUUGUUGAAAGAAUCCUGAGACCUUAUUCCACCUGUAUAGAGUGGAUCACUGAGGGAGAAUUAGCUGCUGCAGAGUAACUGUGGCUGAUAGAGGCCUGCGUUUCAAUCUAAACCACAGUGGGGAUGUCUUGCUUCAAGGUUUUAAGAUCUGCGUCUUGACGAGUCGUGGCAGAAGCAGUUUUUCAGGCCUUGCUCUUCAUUUCAUUUUUUUUGUUUGUUCCUUGACGCACAAUGGCUGUGCUGUCUCUUGGACUCUAAACCUGUGAGAGGAGUCUUACUCUGCUACCAAUCUUUAUUUUCUUUUUCUUUUUUAUAACCACGAUGCAAAAGCGGCCUUUUGAUUCCUGCAACCUGACUUAAAAACAGGGCACUUUGACUUCUUCAUGAGUACGUUAUCUACCUGAUUCUGGUGUAUUUAAAAAAAAAUGACAGAAUUGUAUGAUUUGGCCUUAACACUAAGGGUUAUGAUCUGUUAUACACUUCUAGAUCGUUUUAAUGUGUCUUAUAAGCAAAUUUGGACUGCCUGACCCGACCCCCUAGCUCACCUGCAAUGGCUUGUCAUAAUUACUCUUGUUCAUCAAUGCAGCUCUGUUUUGAAAUUGCGGUUAUUUGAUAUCUUCAAAGCACAUUGAGUGAAGCAAAAAUAAACUAGUAUAAAAGUGG